AGUCACACAGUCCGCCCGAGGCGAGGGGGAGGGCACGAGAAAAAGAAGCGCGAGAGAAAGAGAAAAAAAAAAAGGGACACCGACCGACACCGAGCGCUCCGAACCUCAGCGAGCACAAUUAAAAAGAGAGAAGUGUUGCUGAACGUGGGCUAUGCGCGCAACAAGGGGGGAGCGCAGCGCACAGAGGAGGUGAACGCUCGUAGAGAGGCUUCAGAUCCACAGCCUCCUUCUUGAAGAGUCACUGCAGCUGACAGAGGAGAGGAGUGAAGGGGGAAGAGAGGGGGACUCCUAGAAAACAGCAACUCUUUGGGAGAGAGAACUACAGCGUGACAGUUUCCAAAUAAAGGACAGAGGAAGCGGCGGAAGAGACCUGCUCAGCAUCUUGUUCCGGAAGAGAAAAAUGAAUGCCAGCGAAGAGAACCUGCUCAAGUCCAUCAGCAACGACGCGCUCCUCGACCUAACGCAGCGCUACGGCCAAUCAGCCUUCGGGUUCGGUCCGGGCCACGGUCCCGGGAGUCCCAGCCGCUUCCCGCUCACGCCGGCCACCGAUUUCCUCUCCGGGCAGACUGCGAAGUCCAACGAGAGCGGCGGAGAGCACACGAGCGACGACGAGGACGGCUUCGACUCGCUCGAGUCCCGCAAGAGAGGCUCGCCGUUCGGAGACGACAAGCCCGGGGGGCCCCUCGGCAAGAAGUCCAAGGAGCAGCGUUCCCUGCGGCUCAGCAUCAACGCGCGGGAGAGGAGGAGGAUGCACGACCUGAACGACGCGCUGGACGGCCUGCGCUCCGUUAUCCCCUACGCCCACAGCCCCUCGGUGAGAAAACUCUCCAAAAUAGCCACCCUCCUCCUGGCCAAGAACUACAUCCUCAUGCAGGCUCAGGCUCUGGAGGAGAUGAGGCGGCUGGUGGCCUACCUGAACCAGGGACAGACCAUGACCUCGCCCAUCCCCACCGCCCUGGCGCCCUUUGGACAGGCGGCCGUCUACCCGUUCUCGGGCUCCGCGCUCGCCACCUGCGCCGAAAAGUGCACCACUUAUUCCGGGACAUCGGCGAGUCUCUUCAAACACUGCAAUGACAAGCCUUGAUUUGGUUUUCAUUCUCUUUCCCGAACUUUUACCCAACCAUGUCGAUAUCUCUCUCUCUCCUAGUUAAUAAAAAAAACAUGCUGUGGAAAAUAAAACAAGUUUAGUCUAAAGGAUAAUCUUAAAAUAUUGUUCAUUAUACUGCAGUUGUUUCAUCCCGAUUUAACAAACGCUCCAGAUAAAAUGAAACACUUUGGGCCUUAAGAUGGAGUCACUUUACACUAACCAGGCCAUGUCCAAAUUAUGAGUUUGGGAACAUUUCUUAGCAGGAUUAAGUUAUCUGAUCUUAUUUGUGAUCUAUGCAACAUUCAACAACAACAUUCAAAGUAGAAAUGCGACCCAAGCUCCACUUAUAAAAGAACAAUUAUGAAAGGACUUCCCUCGACUGACUGAUGCUAUGUGUGAGGAACAAAUGUGAUGAUGGCUGAUAUAUUUUCUGAAACGAUGUGUUGACAAUUUUUUUAUGAUUAUUAUGAUCAUUAUUUUUAAGUUAUUGCACAUCUCACAUGAUUGUAUUGUACAACUAUUGUGGAAAAUCACUUGCUCCGAGCCCGGCUAUACUCAUAACUGCAGCCUAUUGAAGAGGCGUCUUUGGUUGUGUUGCAACAUGGAUUUCAUAUAUUGUUUAUAUGUCUUUAUAAUUAAAAACACAUAUCUAUG